AAUGGGCGUUUUCAACAGCCCCCCAAAAAAGAGCAUCCCACUAGAAUUUACGGAAGCAAAGACAAUUGCUCUUACUGGAAUAGAAUACCAUUUUCGCAAUCUCGACAAGUCGAGAGCAAACGAAAACCGCUUUCAUAUGAAUGCUUUAAUAUCUAAGAGUAUAAACUGUAAGGAUGACAAUGAAUUGAAAUUUUUGGUGUGCGAACAGUCGCUUUAUAACCAGAAUAAGAACACUGAAUGGAAUUACAAUGUAUUAUCUUUACCAGAAUCCUCUAAUUGUCCUUUAGAACUUUUCACUUGUCAAACGUACAAGUUUUGCGUAAGUAUGCUAGAUAUUUGUGAUGGUGACAAUGAUUGUUACGACGGAAGCGAUGAGAGAGAUUGUUUAAGCAUGUACAAGUUUGUUUGUAAAAGUGGACAACAAAUAUCUGCCCAAUUUGUGUGUGAUUUUUCUGCUGAUUGCGAUGAUAAAUCUGAUGAAUUAAACAGUAAAAGAAAUUACCAAAACAGUCAUCUUACUACAAAUCAAUUAUUUAUAUGCCAAAAUGGUCAAAAGAUACCGAAAAUCUACGAAUGUAAUAAUGUUAGAAAUUGUUAUGACAAUAGCGAUGAAAGUAGUCAAUGCGAAGAAAGAUGCGAGACUGGCACAUUUUGUGAAAAUUACUGUGUGCGAAAAGAAUUUAAAUGCGAUUUUCAUCCUGACUGCACUGAUUUAUUAGAUGAAAGUGUAGUUAAAUGCGAUGAUCGAAGUUUAUAUACUGAACAAUUCUUGGAGAGAAUUAAAAAACUUCCACCAACAACUGCCUAUUGUACAUUGGAAUACGAUUCAUUUGGGAGGAUAGUAACAAGGGCCGGAUUCCCUUUGUAUCAAUUAAGUCAUUGCGCAAAUGUCACAUGUAAAAUUGGAGAAUAUAAAUGUCAAAAAAAAGGUUUUUGUAUCCCUUUGGAUAAAGUUUGUGACAAAGUAUUCCAUUGUUUGGAAGGAGAUGAUGAAAUAAAUUGCGGUAUUGUAUUAUUAUAGGCCUAUUCUAUUUAAAAUCGUGUCAAUAAAUGUAUAUAGAAA